UCCCUGCUCGUUCAUGUGUAAUUUCAGCGUAAACUGACGCCAGAUACACGAUUCUGCAGCUUGUAGGAGGUUUUAGGUUCUGUUAGGAAACGAGUGGUUAUAAUAAGUAGUUUAAAGGUAACAUCACGAAGAUAAUGUGUAAUAGCGCGACUCAAACGCGAGUUUGACGGUUGUGGUAAAGCACUUCUUCAAGCAAGAAGGACGAUUCUGAAGUUUCUGGAACCGAGGCUCUCGGAUUAUCAAAAGCGCAUUUUCUUCAACGGUUUUGGGGUGGAUGAAAGCAAAACAAGUUUGAGGACAGCCACUUUAUCACUGUUUGAUACCUCACAGUAACUUCUGAAGUGAUUCCAGCACCCCUUGACCUUCGAGAUACGUACAAAUAACGGAGCCUAAGUUACCUGUUUAUACUCCCGUUUGUGGGAAAGUGUGUGGCAGCCGAUAUCUUAUGUCCGGCACAAGGCUGGGACGACAGAUAGGACCUGAGGAAAGCAGUCCCACUCAUUGGAGCAAAAAGCACAAAGAGCCUUCCUGUUGCUUUCCUCUCCUCUUUUGACCUCUGCUCGACCCUAGCAAUCAACAGGGCUCAGUUGUGACCUCUAACCUGGCCUCCGUCUCCAGUCUGCUGCCCACCGACCUCUACUUCGGAACAACAGAGGGAGGAAAUAACAAGCGAUAUAGCCUCAGCCAGAUGUCCGAAGCCUCUUCCUUACAUUGCUGCUGCCUCCCCAAAAGGAGAAAACUGCACCGUCUGCCCCACACAGGAUUUUGCUGAGAUUCUCUGAAUGCAGCAGAGAAGCUCUCUUUUGUGUCUGUACAAAAAAACAUUGUGGUGAUACAAAAAUAUUUUUAGAAAUGAAAUGUGUAAGCGUUUCCUUAUGCGUUUGAGCGUAUGUACUGCACCGCAGGUCUAAACGUUCUGCUUAGUUGGACGUUGCUCUGACCUUCCCAAACCACAGCCUUCAUGCUUAUUUUAGACAAUGUUAGAAAAGGUAAUAUGUCGGCCUGAAGCUAGACAUCAUAAAACUGUACUAGUGUGUGUGGUGACGAGGGUUUGUGGUUCCACUGAAUUCAUCCUUCUGGAACUUCUGCAUGAGGCUGUUUAUUGAGAGCGGGAAUAGUGUGCUUGCUCGCAGGGAAAUGGCUGGUGAACAGUAACUCAUCAAGGGAACACACUCAUCAUAAGUGAAAACAUGCUCGAACUGAAAUCAUCAGACAGGGAAUGACAAAUCAGCUGCACUUUCAAUUGGAAAACAUCAUUAACAGUGGCAGGCAAUGGUGAACAGUCGUGUGGAAAGCUCCGCGGUUGCGGUAACAGGAGGCAGUGGUGGGGCCGUACGCUCCUGUGCUGGAUGCGGUGGUCGGAUAUCGGACCGCUUUCUGCUCUUCUCUAUGGAUCGGUACUGGCACACGCGCUGCCUCAAGUGCUCCUGCUGCCAGGCUCAGCUGGGAGAGAUCGGCAGCACCUGCUUCAGCAAAGGAGGGAUGAUCCUCUGCAGGAACGAUUACAUCAGGUUGUUUGGUCACAGUGGAGCUUGCAGUGCGUGUGGACAGUCUAUUCCUGCCAGUGAGAUGGUGAUGAGGGCCCAGGGUAACGUCUACCAUCUAAAGUGUUUUACCUGUGCCACUUGCCGAAAUCGCUUGGUUCCUGGUGACAGAUUUCACUAUGUCAACGGCACCAUUUUUUGUGAGCAUGAUCGACCAGGUGGAGCUUUGCUCAGUAGUCAUCUGACCCCCCUGCAGAGCAACACCCUGCUGCCCGACCAAAAGGUGUGCUGAGGAAAUCUGGAUUUAUUAUUUGCGGUGUGCCUUCUCUUCAGUCCUUUCCUCACAUCUUCCCUCCAAUCUCUCCUCGUGAAUGUCCACCUUCACCCGAGACCUUCUGCCCACUUCUGCGCAUCCAGCCACCUUAAAAGAGUUCAGAACUACGCAAGUACUGUGAGUCACUUGUGAGACAAUCACCCCUGACAAGGGAAAACGUAAUCAAGUCGAAGAAAGACACGGAAGCUAAAAAUAAUCAUACGCACUCCCUCAGAUGCGGUCUGUGGUUAUGGCUGGGAUGCCCUGACCCUGAAAGCCUUAGACUCAUUUUCAAGAGCAGCUCUUUAAAGCUGGGGUGAUGCUCAACACCAUUUUGUUCCCUUUUGAGAAGUUUCUCAAGAAAUGUUGUGGACAUCACCUGACAUUUUGGACUACGGAUGGUGAUGGUUUUUACUUUAUGCCCUCAAAACGACAUCCAUAUAUCAAAAGACUUUUUCAGUGGUUGUUGCUUUUGUUUACAGGCCCUUUUCACUCUAAGUGUAAGUUUAUUCCUUCCUUUUUUUGAACAUGUUCUGUCGUCUUUGGUGCCUAAAAACAUUUUUACUUCCGGUUUUCCCUCCAUUGUCAUUUACUUCCUAUUAGCAAGUAAUCGUACACAUGCACAGUACAGAUACGUGAACAUGUAUUGUUUUGUCUACUCGAGUUUAAGACAUACGAAGAGCUCUUUUUGAAAGAGUUGGUCUCAUGAGGAAACGGCAUGUUUUUUUUUUUCCUCCCCCUGAAUGGUUUGGUAGAAUAAAUAAAUCUGUAUGCAUAUUCUCUAAUAGAGACUGCUAUUCAGUGUCUGCCAAGACUUUUGAGAGUAUGAAGGAGAUGGAGAGUAAAAUUGUACAUAUUUCAUGUGCUGUUGUGUGUUGUGUUCAGUGGUUGACCUGUUUCCUUGUGUCCCCUGUUCAAAAAGAGGGACGUUCAAAAGUAAGAUAUCUGUAAAGGAAAAAAAAAGUACUUAAUUAAAUAAUUAUAACCAUCAAAAA